UAGAAAAGUUUUAACAAGCAAUUCAUCAGAGUUAUUUCUAUGCCCUUGUUGUUUUAUAUACAGAGUCAGCAAGUAGUUGUUUUGGUAUCUCCGAGAGUAUUAACUACGAGACCAUCUGUAAUGACUAAUCUACUUGCGGUGGCGAAAUAGUCUUAAGUCUGCAUGCCAAACUGAUAAGUUCUUUCAAUGCUCAUUAUAUUUAUAAUUGUCGGUGCUGACAAUUUUUAUUUUUCAUAAAUUUUUCCAACAUGUAUUCGAUCUCUGUUUUGCUACGUGAGGAUGUAUAGUAUAGGGCUGAUAAAAUAUCUUCCAACCAUUUUAUAAGUAUUAUAAUAACGUAAAGAACAAUAUGCAUCAAAUAUUGAUUAAUAUCACUGUUGUUAUUAACCUACAUGUCCUAAUCGCUUGCAGUCGAUUCUUGCUCCGUACCCUUAGUGUCUGUCUAUAUAUAAAGGCCAAAACCUCUGCCGUCUGCUCCUCGUACCAUUCAUUAUACCAACUACUUCUUCUUUCAUCUUUCACGUACCUUCAAUGGCCACUCUGCCCACAACAACACGAGGGAAAACUGUCCCUGAUGCUUGUGACUACCAAGGCCUCCCAGCAGAGAGGUCUAAAACCGGUGGUUGGACUGCAGCUACCAUGAUUUUAGGAGGAGAAGUGAUGGAGAGGUUGACAACACUGGGCAUCACGGUCAAUCUGGUAACGUAUUUGACGGGGACGAUGCAUUUGGGCAAUGCUGCCUCCGCCAAUUUAGUUACCAAUUUCGUGGGAACCUCUUUCAUGCUCUGUUUAUUUGGUGGAUUUCUAGCCGACACUUAUAUUGGAAGAUACCUCAAUAUCGUCGUCUUUGCCGCCGUUCAAGCAACUGGAGUUGCACUUUUGACGAUAUCAACUACAGUUCCGAGCCUAAGUCCUCCAAAAUGCAUGGAAGGUACGCCCUGCGUACGCGCAACCAACACGCAGCUGACGGUGUUGUUUUUAGCACUUUACGUGACGGCUCUCGGCACCGGCGGUGUGAAAUCAAGUGUCCCUGGGUUCGGUUCAGAUCAGUUUGAUGAUUCGGAGAAAGAAGAGAAGAAUGACAUGGUUAAAUUCCUAAACUGGUACUACUUUGUUGUGAACAUAGGAUCUUUAGCUGCAGUGACCGUUCUUGUGUACAUUCAAGAUAACCAAGGAAGACCGUGGGGCUAUGGAAUCUGUACCUGUGCGAUUCUGUUCGCGCUUGUUGUGUUCAUGUUGGGCACCAAGAAGUACCGGUACAAGAAACCGGUGGGGAGCCCUCUGACUCAGAUUGCGGAGGUGUUUGUGGCGGCUUGGAGUAAGAGGCGCUUGCAAUUGCCGUCUGAUUCCUCAUUGUUGUUUAAUGAGGAGGACAUCUUAGAUGAAGCAGGGAGGAUCAAGAAGCAGAGGUUGCCACAUAGCAAGCAGUUCCGCUUCUUGGACAGAGCUGCAAUCAAGGACUCAGAAAGCACUGGUGGAAUCACAGUGAUGAGGAAGUGGUAUCUUACUACCUUAACAGAUGUGGAAGAAGUGAAAUUGGUGAUCAGAAUGCUACCAAUUUGGGCCACAACCAUCAUGUUUUGGACUGUUCAAGUUCAAAUGAUGACACUUUCAGUAUCACAGGCGACCACCAUGGACCGCCGCAUUGGAAAAUCAUUCACAUUUCCGGCGGGGUCAAUGACCGUCUUCUUAAUCGGCACCAUUCUCCUCACCGUCCCCUUCUAUGACCGCUUUGUCGCUCCGAUAGCAAGGAAAGCGCUCAACAACCCACAAGGGCUCACCCCUUUGCAACACACUGGAGUUGCUUUAGUACUCUCAGUCCUAUCCAUGGUGGCGGCAGCGUUUGUAGAAAUUAAGCGUUUGAGAUUUGCUGAAUCACAUGGUUUGGUGCAUGAUGCAAAGGAAAUUAUCCCAAUGAGUGUUUUUUGGUUGGUACCACAAUUCGCCAUUGUGGGUAUUGGGGAAGCCCUUAUGUACCUGGGGCAGUUAGACUUCUUCCUUAGAGAAUGUCCAGAUGGGAUGAAAACCAUGAGCAUGGGCCUAUUCUUAAGCUCACGGGCCUUUGGUUUUUUCUUGAGCUCUUUAUUGGUGGGUUUUGUGAACAAAAUGACAGGCCCAAACAAGCCAUGGAUUGCAAAUAAUCUUAACCAAGGGAGGCUUUAUGACUAUUACUGGCUUUUGGCUGCGCUUAGUGUUGUAAAUUUGUUUUUAUACUUGGUAUGUGCAAACUGGUAUGUGUACAAGGACAAGAAGCUUGCUGAGGAUACCUUACAAGAGUAGAUAUGAUGACCCCACAGCAUAGAAAGACACAACCAAAUUCCAUGCUUUGGAAUUUUCUCCUAGCAACCUUUUCACUUAUUUUAUCUUUAUUUUUUUGUAAUAAGAUGCAGCAACUUGUAUUAAUUAAUAAGCUAAUCAAUUAUAUUUUUACAUGGAAGAAA